AGCACCUACUGUGUACCAGGCACAGUGGUAGAUACUUGGGAUGCAGCAACAAACAAGACAAAUCCCUGUCGUCCCUACAGAUGCCAUUCUAUGAGAAGCUGCCAUUCUGUGGGGAGCCAGGAAAUAUAAGUUACAUAACUCUAUUUCAAAGUGAUGAAUGCUAUGAACAGAAGGAAAAACUUGAGCAGAUUAAGGAAGAGGAGGGGAGGCCAACUUGCAGGAUACAGUAUUAAAUAGGGUGGUCUUAGUAAGCUCCAUUAUGAAGAUGAAAGUUGAAUAAGUGCUUUGAACAAGAUGAUGGACAAAGGCUAGUGAUUACUGAGGGAAGAGCGUUCCAGGCAGAGGGAAUCUGCUAGAGCAAAGUCCUUCAAGAAUUGUGUAGCAAAAGCUAAAAUGGAGUGAGCAAGGGGGCAAAUUGUGGGAGGGGAAGUCAGAGCAUGGAGAGUGGGAUUGUCGACCCCAUUGCUUCUUGUUGGGGCUUUGUUGUGAGGCCCUUGACUUUUGGAUGGUUUUAAGCAGAGGUCCCCCUUGUUGGAAGUGAGGGGGAACAUAGAGCUGAAGAGACCCCUGGUCAAGGCUCCUUCUCGGCUGCCUCUCCCUGGAACAAGGUUUAAGAGGGGGCCUGACCAGAUGGAGGAUGCCUUAGAGCCUGAGAAGAAAAGGACACGAGGACUGGAUACAGUGACUAAAAUUGCCACAUCCCAAUCCAGAGCACCAGCCCUCACUGCAAGAACACAGACACAAAACCAGAUCACAGCUCCAAAAGUUCCCAAGAAGACAGGACCCCGAUGUUCCACAGCGAUUGCCACGGUGCUGAAGAAUCAGAAAUCGGGCCCUGCUGUUCCUGCCCAGAAGCCUGGAGCAGCUGCCCCUCCAAUGGUGGGAGGGAGGAAACCCACCAAGCGUCCGGCCUGGGACUUAAAGGGUCAGUUGUGUGACCUAAAUGCAGAGCUGAAAUGCUGCCGUGAGAGGACUCAGACACUGGCCCAGGAGAACCAACAGCUGCAGGACCAACUCAGGGAGGCCCAACAACAGGCCAAGGCCCGGGGGGCAGAGUGUAGGACACUGGAAGGGGAGUUGGCCAGGGUGCAGGCCCAGGCUGAGCAGGGCCAGCAGGAGUUGGGGAGCCUCAGGGCCCGUGUCCUGGAAUUGGAAGAGCAGCAGUGCACACAGGAGGGCUUGUUGCGAGAGCUCCAGAAAGAACAGUUAGAAUUGCAGGAGGAGCGGAGGGGACUGGCUGCCCGGCUGGAGGAGCAGGAGAGGCGGUUGCAGGCAUCAGAAGCAGCUCUGUCGGGCAGCCAAGCAGAGGUGGCAUCUCUGCGCCAGGAGGCCACAAGCCAGGCGGCCCUCCUGGUGGAGCAAGGAGAACGUCUCCACGGGCUAGAGAUGGAGCGCCGGCGACUACACAACCAGCUACAGGAACUCAAAGGCAACAUCCGCGUGUUCUGCCGGGUCCGCCCUGUCCUUCCAGGGGAGCCCACCCCACCCCCUGGCUACCUCCUGUUUCCCUCUGGCCCUGGCGGGCCCGCUGAUCUGCCCACACGCCUCAGCGUUUCCCGGUGUGAUGAGCGCCGUGGGACCCUGAGUGGGGCGCCAGCCCCUGCCACCCGCCACGACUUCUCCUUUGACCGGGUAUUCCCCCCAGGGAGUGGGCAGGAUGAAGUGUUUGAGGAGAUUGCCAUGCUUGUCCAGUCAGCCCUGGACGGCUACCCAGUAUGCAUCUUUGCCUAUGGCCAGACAGGCAGUGGCAAGACCUUCACAAUGGAGGGUGGGCCUGGGAGAGACCCCCAGGUGGAGGGCCUGAUCCCUCGGGCCCUGCGGCACCUCUUCUCCGUGGCCCAGGAGCUGGGCGGCCAGGGCUGGACCUACAGCUUUGUGGCAAGCUACGUGGAGAUCUAUAAUGAGACUGUCCGAGACCUGCUGGCCACUGGGCCCCGGAAGGGCCAGGGCGGGGAGUGUGAGAUCCGCCGGGCAGGGCCUGGGAGUGAGGAGCUUACUGUCACCAAUGCCCGAUACGUUCCUGUCUCCUGUGAGAAGGAGGUGGAGGCCCUGCUCCAUCUGGCCCACCAGAACCGGGCAGUGGCCCGCACGUCCCAGAAUGAGCGAUCAUCUCGUAGUCACAGCGUGUUCCAGCUGCAGAUCUCUGGGGAGCACACCGGACGAGGCCUGCAGUGUGGGGCCUCCCUCAACCUUGUGGACCUGGCUGGUAGUGAGCGGCUAGACCCCAGCUUAGCCCUUGGCCCUGGGGAGCGGGAACGCCUUCGGGAAACACAAGCCAUUAACAGCAGCUUGUCCACCCUGGGGCUGGUCAUCAUGGCCUUGAGCAACAAGGAGUCCCAUAUUCCUUACCGGAACAGCAAACUCACCUACCUGCUGCAGAACUCUCUGGGUGGCAGCGCUAAGAUGCUCAUGUUCGUGAACAUUUCUCCCCUAGAAGAGAACGUCUCUGAGUCCCUCAACUCCCUACGCUUUGCCUCCAAGGUGCAGUUACCACCAGGCCCAGGCCCUGUCAGGACUCCUGGAUGCUUGUAGGCUUCUCCAUUCUGACCCUUUAGGGAUCCAUUCAGUCCUUUAGGCCAAGGGCACAUUCAUCUGGAAAGGAUUCACAUUUGCCGGGCAUCUGGGACACUACCUCUCUGAAUCCAUUUUUAGCUAUUGGGUUUUGGGGUUUUUAUUUUUUAAAAAUAGGUAGUUAAGAGGUCAAAACUGUAUAAAAGCUAUGCACAACAUGGAAGUUUUACCAUCUCCCGUGUGUACCCCAUUCUCCCUACCUGUCCUGGUAGAGGCAGUCAUUUUUGUCAUUUAUCAUUUUACUUAUCCUUUCAGUGUUUCUUCUUGCAAAUAGAAGCAACAUGCAUAUUAUUCCCUUACCUCUUAUAUAGAAGACAUCUAUUUUUUCAUAUAUGUAUGUUGUUCUGUACUUUGUUUUGCUAAACAGACAUUCCUGGGAUUACUCUCCCACCAGCACACAGAGAUUACCCCAUUAUUUUGAUGUCUGCCUAGGACUCCGCUGUGUGGCUGCACCAAAGUUUAUCCACCAGUUCCCUCUACUGGACACUUGGGUUGUUUCCACUCUUUUCUCUAUUACAAACAAGGCCACGUUGACUAACCUUAUACAUAGAUGUCAUUUUGUAUUUGUUCAGUUAUAGCUAUCUAGGGAGAUUCCUGGAAAUGGGAUUGCUGGAUCAUAAGAGACUUGGAUACGGGCGCCUGGGUGGCUCAGUUGGUUAAGCGCCCGACUCUUGAUUAUGGUUCAGGUCAUGAUCUUGGGGUCAUGAGGUCAAGCCCCACAUCGCAUGGAGCCCGCUUAAGAUUCUCUCUUCCUCCCCUUCUACCCUCUGCUCCUCAUGUGCACACAUUCUCUCUCUCAAAAAAAAAAAAAAAAAAAAAAAGUUUUUCAGACCAUUCCGAGUAGAGUGAAUCCAGAUUCCAAGACCCACUUAAACAUUAAA